UUUUGCUUGUUCACCAAGGCGAAUUUUUAGCCCUAUUUAUACCUUUCAUUACCCCUCUUUUCUUCAUCCUCCUCCAUCAUCUUCUCCACAGAAAAUUCAGUAGCCGACUCCGGAGAAUCAAAACUCUUCUGUUUCUGGAUUUUGUCUUCGGCGGGCUGUUUGAUCUUUGUUUCAUCGAAUCAGAAAUCUGUCGUUGGAUAGGUUAAUAAGAAAUUCAAGUCAGAAUAUGAGCUUUCCUGCACAAAACAAUAGAAGGAAUAACAACAGUAAUCGGCCUAGAAACAAUAAUAAUAACAAUAAUCCUGUUGUUCAAAGUGGUGGUGCUCGUCGUGAGUGGGUAGCCAGGGGAUCUGCUCCAACCAACACUGUUCCAUUUUCAGCUGCCCCUGUUACCCCGGUAACAACAACCACUGUUGUGACCCCUGGGUUUGGUGGGAAUGGAAGAGACAAUGAGAAUGUGUCAUCUGCACCGGUUAAUCGAUUUCAAAACCAAAAUCAGACCUAUGGGGAACCUAAAUUCAACAGGGGGAUGUAUAGGGGAAGGGGCAGGGGGAGCUAUAAUCAUCAGGAGAACAGGAUGGAGAGGCCGGUCAGGGAGGUCAGUGGGAGGAUUAAUCAAGAGCGGGUGAAAGAUCCUAAUUUGCCUCAACUUGUGCAAGAAAUAGAGGAGAAGCUUUUGAAGGGAAACAUCGAGUGCAUGAUAUGCUACGAUAUGGUGAGGAGGUCUGCGCCCAUGUGGUCAUGUUCGAGCUGCUACUCGAUUUUUCAUCUGCAUUGUACCAAGAAAUGGGCAAGAGCUCCAACUUCUGUUGACACAUCUGCGGAGAAGAAUCAAAGGUUUAAUUGGCGUUGCCCAGGUUGUCAAUCAGUCCAGCUCACUUCAUCCAGGGACAUACGGUAUCUUUGCUUUUGUGGGAAGAGGCAAGACCCCCCUUCAGAUUUAUACUUGACUCCACAUUCAUGUGGAGAGCCUUGUGGCAAGAAACUUGAGAAGGAGCUUCCAGGGAACGGUCUGAGUGAAGAGGAUCUUUGUCCUCAUGUUUGUGUCUUACAAUGCCAUCCUGGUCCUUGUCCACCUUGUAAGGCAUUUGCUCCAGCUAGAAGUUGCCCCUGCGGGAAGGAAGUAAUUACCACUCGUUGCUCUGAUCGCAAGUCCGUUCUUACAUGUGGACAGCAGUGUGGUAAGCUUCUUGACUGUGGGCGUCAUCGGUGUGAACAGACUUGCCAUGUUGGUUCUUGUGGCCAUUGUCAAAUUGUUGUGGAUGCCUAUUGCUUUUGUAAGAAGAAAACAGAGUCUCUUCUUUGUGGAGAUAUGGGUGUGAAAGGAGAUAUCAAGAUGGAGGAUGGCGUCUUUUCAUGCAAUUCAGUUUGUGGAAAGAAGCUUAGUUGCGGAAACCACAUCUGCCGUGAGCUCUGCCAUCCAGGGCCAUGUGGGGACUGUGCUUUGUUGCCUAGCAAGGUCAAGGCAUGCUGUUGCGGUAAAACCAGCUUGGAAGAAGAAAGGCACAGUUGUUUGGAUCCAAUUCCAACCUGUUCCAAGGUCUGCGGAAAGCGUCUCCGUUGUGGGGUACAUCGCUGUGAAGCUGUGUGCCAUUCUGGUGACUGUGCACCAUGUCUUGUUCCUGUGACUCAACGCUGCCGCUGUGGGUCAACCUCUCGAACAGUGGAGUGCUACAGAACGCAGGCAGAAGAUGAGCAGUUCACUUGUGAUAGACCUUGUGGGCAAAAGAAGAACUGUGGAAGGCACCGUUGUAGUGAGCGAUGUUGCCCUCUUUCUAAUCCAAAAAAUUCCAUAACUGGUGGUUGGAAUCCUCAUUUUUGUUCAAUGGCAUGUGAGAAGAAGCUUAGAUGUGGGCAGCAUUCUUGCGAGUCGCUUUGUCACAGUGGUCACUGCCCUCCCUGCCUUGAGACAAUUUUCACCGAUUUGACUUGUGCUUGUGGGAGAACAUCAAUCCCUCCUCCGCUACCUUGUGGCACACCUCUUCCUUCGUGUCAGCUACCAUGCUCGGUUUCUCAGCCUUGUGGUCACCCACCUACUCACAGCUGCCAUUUUGGAGACUGCUUGCCAUGUGCUGUUCCUGUAGCAAAAGAGUGCGUUGGUGGACAUGUAAUUUUAAGGAACAUACCUUGCGGGUCAAAGGACAUCCGAUGUAACAAGCUUUGUGGGAAGACCAGGCAGUGUGGCUUGCACUCAUGUGCUAGAACUUGUCAUCCUUCGCCAUGUGAUGUUUCUGCUGGACCCAGCAAUGGCUCCAGAGCCUCUUGUGGGCAGACGUGUGGUGCUCCUAGAAGAGAUUGCAGGCACACAUGUACUGCUCUCUGUCAUCCCUCUUCUUCAUGUCCUGAUGUUAGAUGUGAGUUUCCUGUUACUAUUACUUGUUCUUGUGGCCGGAUUACAGCAAAUGUUCCUUGUGAUGCUGGAGGUCAGAUCGUUGACUCUGUUCUCGAAGCCUCUAUAAUCCACAAGCUGCCUUCAUCUCUUCAACCUAUUGAAAUAAAUGGGAAGAAGGUUCCUCUCGGUCAGAGGAAGCUUACUUGUGAUGACGAGUGUGCAAAGAUGGAGAAGAAAAAGGUUCUUUCUGAUGCUUUUGGUAUAACCCCUCCUAAUCUUGAGUCCCUCCAUUUUGGUGAGAAUGCAGCUGUCUCUGAAGUGCUGGGGGAUCUUCUUAGGCGGGACGCUAAGUGGGUGUUGUCUAUAGAGGAAAGAUGCAAGUUUUUGGUUCUCGGCAGAAGCAGAGGGGGGCUAAAUGCGCUCAAAGUUCAUGUUUUCUGCCCAAUGUUGAAAGAAAAGCGGGAUGCAAUUAGACUGAUAGCUGCAAGGUGGAAGCUUUCAGUAAAUGCAGCUGGUUGGGAGCCCAAAAGAUUCAUCGCUGUACAUGUUACACCCAAGUCCAAAGCUCCAAGUCGUAUACUUGGUCCUAAAGGUUGUACUGUCAAUAACAUUGCUCAGCCUGCUGUUUUUGAUUCUCUGGUGGAUAUGGAUCCAAGGCUUGUUGUAGCUUUGUUUGACUUGCCAAGAGAUGCAGACAUUAGUGCUUUAGUUCUCAGGUUUGGUGGUGAGUGCGAGCUUGUCUGGUUGAACGACAAGAAUGCCUUGGCUGUGUUCAGUGAUCCUGCCCGAGCAGCAACAGCUAUGAGAAGGCUAGACCAGGGGUCGGCUUAUUGUGGUGCUGCUGUAGUUCAUCAGAGUGGUGUUGCAUCAGCAGUGGCAUCCACUACUAAUGUUUGGGGAGUCUCUGGAGGAGCCAAGGACGCGGGAGGAGUUGCAGCAGCUCUUAAGGGUAAUCCUUGGAAGAAGGCUGUAGUCCAGGAGCCUCAUUUGAGGGAGAGCCUAUGGGAUGCUGAAGAAUGGUCCAAGAAUCCCACUGAUUUAGCAGCCCCUUCUGCCUGGAGGGCGAAUGAAGCUCCACCUACUGCCUCGUCUAAUAGGUGGAGUGUCUUAGAGCCUGAAAUUGCUUCCAGCUUGCCCAGGGCAUCUAUUACAAUCAAGGAACCUGUUACUGAGACACAAGUGGGGGGUUCAGUUUUGCCUCCCAAACCUCAAGAUAUGGGGAUCGACGAUAUGGCAGAUGUAGUGGACGAUUGGGACAAGGCUUACGACUGAGAGCUCCUGGAAAUGCAUAUUGUUUUUGCUGUCCAAUUAUUUCUUCCAUUUUUCUUUUUAGUGCUCAGACAGGAGUUGGUUUAGUUAUGUUUAGUAGCCCUGUUUUAAAGGGAGUGAUGUUUCCUUUAUUGUUCAAAAACACAACCCUUUUUAGCAUUGGUGCCAAUAUUCCCAAUGAAGGGAAAAAUAUUAGUAGUGUAAUGUACCUUUUGGUACGUGUUCUAAGAUGCUGCUUGAUACAAUUGGUAAAAUCCAGACUAAUUGAUCUUCCCUUCAUAUGA